AUGGCCAAAGGGACAGGCUCCUCGAGGCUGGAGGACUUGGACCUGAGCGGAGAGGAGGUCCAGAGGCUCACCUCCGCCUUCCAGGACCCGGAAUUCCGCCGAAUGUUCUCCGAGUACACCGAGCAGCUCACCGACCCCGAGAACAGGCGUCUGUAUGAGGCGGAGAUCACCGCGCUGGAGCGAGAGCGCGGGGUGGACGUGCGGUUCGUGCACCCGCAGCCGGGCCACGUGUUGCGCACCAGCCUGGAUGGGACGCGGCGCUGCUUCGUGAAUGUGUGCAGCAACGCACUGGUGGGCGCGCCCAGCAGCCGACCGGGAACCGGGGGCGAAGCGCCUGGUAGCCACUGGGCCCUGCCCUACAGCCUGGCGCCGGGCCGCGAGUACGCGGGGCCCACAGGCACCCGCUACACUGUCUACGACGUGGUCUUUCACCCGGACGCACUGGCGCUGGCCCGGCGCCACGAGCGCUUCCGCCAUAUGCUGGACGCCACGGCCCUGGAGGCCGUCGAGAAGCAGUUCGGCGUCAAGCUGGACCGCAGGAAUGCCAAGAUCCUGAAGACCAAGUACAAGGGCACCCCGGAGGCCGCCGUGCUGCGGACGCCCCUGCCUGAGGGCGCCCCUCUCGGGCCCGAGGGGGAUCAGGACGACCCUCUGCAGGCCUUCCCGUACCCCUACAGCUACCCGGCACCGCCAGGGCGCUCGGCCGGCGCUCCGCCCAGGGCCCCCUCCCCGUCCCGGGAGACGGCGCCCACCGAGCCUCGCUGCAGCGUGGUGCAGCGGCACCACGUGGACCUCCAGGAUUACCGCUGCUCCAGGGACUCGGCCCCGAGCCCGGUGCCCCACGAGCUGGUGGUCACCAUCGAGCUGCCGCUGUUGCGCUCGGCCGAGCAGGCGGCGCUGGAGGUGACGGGCAAGCUGCUGAGCCUGGACUCGCGGAAGCCUGACUACCGCCUGCGCCUCUCGCUCCCUUACCCGGUGGACGACAGCCGCGGCCGAGCGCAGUUCCUCAAGGCGCGGCGGCAGCUGGUCGUCACGCUGCCCGUGGUGAACCCCGCUGCGCGCCGAGAGUCCGCCACCGCGCCGGAAGAGGACUCCAGUGCGACCGGAACUGACGGCGCGCUCUGCGCUUCCGCUCGCCGGGAGGAGGCGGGACUGGCCGGUGUUCCCGCCGCAGACGGGGAUCCGGAUUCCUGUGGAGCUGGCGCUGCGGGCGUCGGGGUCACUAUCCCCGACUUUCCCGAGGUGGUUUCGGGUGCUGAAGAGACGCUCCUCCGGGAGCCCAAGGAUCGGGACUUGGACGGAUGUCCGGAGUCCCCGCCCGGCGGAGCUGGAAGUUCGCCGGGGGCCGGCGGCGGAGAGCCCCCAGGUCCCUCAGUUCUGGACCUUGACGGGGAGGAGUCCUCUGGAAGAGGAGGUGCAGGCGGAGAUCUCGGCGUGGAGACCCGCACGUGCCGGCCGGACAUGGGCCGCGAGCCAGGCGAGCCAGGCGAGCCAGGCGAGCCAGGCGAGCCAGCCAUGAGAGGUUCCGCCCCCGAGAGAAGGGGACCUCGGUGCCCUCCCCUGCAGUGUAAUCAGGAUGAGGAGACCUUGACCCUGCUGGUUCACGUGCCGCGGAUCCAACCUCAGAGUCUUCAAGGGGAUUUGAGUCCCCUCGGGUACAAACUGUGCUUCUGCGCGCAAGAAUUAGUUUAUUCCUUCUCUUUGCAAUUUGCUCCAGAGAAUCAAUUGAGUGUCGAAGAACCGGUGGUUAGCGUUUCCUCGGACAAUGCCGUGAUAGAGCUAGCCAAAGCUCCAGGAAGCUAUGGGCACUGGAGAGAGUGGUAUUGUGGUUUAAACGACCAAUCUUUGGAGGAGAGGCUGUUUGUCAGUGAAGAAAAUGUCAGUGAGUUUCUGGAAGAAGUCCUGAACUCUCCAGUGAGACCAAUGAUGCCACUAACUCCACCAUUAAUUGAAGUCCUUCAGGCUAAUGAUAAUAAGAUUCAAAUUCAUGCCAAGAUCCAAGAAUGUAGUCACUCUGAUCAGCUUCAAGGAAAGGAAGAAAGAGUCAAUAAAGGAAGUCACCAAACUGAAAAGGAAAAUGUAGAGCAUUUUAGCACUUGUACAACGGAUUCAACAACAGUUAAAGCACCAGAAAUAGAUAGCUGUGGUUCCACUGCCAGUGAACAGGAAGAGCCUCUUGAUGUUUCGCAGAUGAUGUUUGGGAAAUCUCAGCAACUUGAGUCAAAAACGGAACCACAAGUUUUAAAAGAAACAAGUGCUGCUUAUUCAGUUGAGGAGAAAGAUAAUGCAAAGGCAUCAGUAAUAAAUGAAGAGAAAGAGAUACACGGAAAUCACUUUUCUUCACUACCGACCACAACUGCAGUUCACAGUGCACCAGAGUUUGGCAGCAUCAAGGAAACCAAUAUGCAGGAUGGCAGUGUGCAGAUUAUCAAAGAUCACGUGACUCACUGUGCAUUCAGCUUCCAGAAUUCCUUGCUGUAUGAUUUAGAUUAAUUCUAAAUAAUUUUUGGAUUUGAAGGUUAGGAGUAACAAAUGCGGAGACCUUUUUAAGAGUUGUUUUUUUUUUUUUUUUGUUAAUCAUUAAAACUCAAGAUAUUCAACCAAAUGUAAAAUUUGCAAUUUUCAAUCUAAUGGGGAAAUUGGAUAUGUUUUUUGCCUUAAGUUUAUAAACACUUCUCUUAAUUAUGAAGAUACAUUUUGUGAUUUGUAUGAUACAUGCAUAUUUUUGUAAUGGAGAGUUAACAUUUACUUUUCAUACAACCUCUAUCAACA